AUGGAAAUUCGCUCGAAGAAAUCACACUCGGCUGUUCACUUGAUUGGAUUUUUGUUAUUCGUAGACCGAGUGGAACAACACAAAAAUUUAGGUUCAGGAAAAUUCAAAAUCAUUACAGCUUUCAUUAUAAAUUUAAGAUGGGAAGAAGUGCGCGAGCUGGUAGCAAAUAAACGCAAAUUAUCAAUAAAAUGUGGGGAAAAUUUAGUUACAUCUGUCUUUUAUUUUGAGGACAAUGAAAUGUGUAAUUAUGUAUCUACUGUACUUAGUUGGAAGUGGAGACAUGCACGUACAGACGCGCUACAACAAAGAAGUGCCAGAUUAAGCGUUCAGAAUUUGCAGGGUGCCCUUCCCUCAUUCAGCCAAGCACCAGGCUCAUUUACCCGUCGAUCCAAUACAAAUGUUAAUUCCGUACGACCAAAUUCUGAAAUGAUUGUAGGUUCUGAAUUUACAGCUGCUGGUGCUUCACAGUUUAUACCGCCCCAACCUUCAACACCUCAGUUAACAAUUCGUACAGAUCAGAAUAGCCAAUCUACAGUUAAUUCUAUACAAUCCUGCAAUCCUAUUCGACCUCCUCAGGCUAAUUCCGCCCUUUCUGCCUCCCGUUCAAUUUCUAUCGGCAAAAUAUUGCCUCCAGCUUCAGCUGAUUUUAUGGCUGGUGGAUCAAACAGUUCCUCAGCUCUUCCAUUUAUUCGGACUCAGAUUAUUAAUGUUACUGAUAAGGUUUCGCCUCCAGUCGCUGGCACAUGUUCAAGCAGUGCAUCAACAUUUUAUGUGCCAGCAGUUCCUCUACAAUUUCCUGCUGCAGCAGUCCAGCAACAAAAAACUUCAAAUGGAAGUCAAGAGGAUUGGUUACGUCAUGAACAGCAUGAAGUGCUUAAACGAAUGUUGACGGAAAGACGUCGACUUAAUAAAAUUGGUUCUAGUCCUGAAAUUAAUACUUUGGGCAAAAGUGUCUCAGCAGCAUCUGGGGCUAAAUGCAAAAAACAUCAAAUUGGAGGGGCAAUAAAUGCUAAUAACUUCGUUGCCGAUGUCAACAAUUUCUCGCUAACGCGCAAGAUAUUUACAUCUACACCAGAUCUACAUUCUGCACGUUUAAACCAGCAGCAACAACUUGCAAGCUUUCAAUUAUUACAACAACAACAACCUCAAUCACAGCCUCAAACACCUUUACUUCCACCUUCGCAAAUGAAUGGCUCUGGGGGUCAUCGAAUUGUUCCAGGCCAAACUUCACUUUCUUCCGUUGUUUACCCACCUCCAAUUGCUGGAAAUAAUGUUAAUUUGUUGCCCCUUUAUUGCCCACCUUCAUCUACAACCACAUCUCAUCACAAUAUUAAUCCAGACGUUGGAGGCAGUAGCAAUACAUCCUUCUAUCUACAAAACAGUCCAAUCGCUCUGAGAAAUGGGACCUUUUCUCAAGGACAAGUAAUCGACGAGAAUGGUCAGCAACAAACUAUUAUCUAUCCAAUACCGCCAGAUGCUGCUUCGUAUGUCCAGCCACCACCCUCCUCUACAUCAAUCAUGGAACAAAUACUGCAGCAAUCACCCCAAUUGGGACAUGUAUCAGCUCUUCAAAUUCCCCCUCAACUUACCGUACAGGGUUACCCUCCAACAACAAAUUCACCACCUUCCCCGGCAGCUAUCCCUUUACAAGAGGAAAGUCGACGAUCUAGUCCAAAAUCCAAUGCAACUUCGUCACAUUCAGAAACGCAAAUGCCAAAUAAUGGUGUCAAUAACAGUGUAGAUCAAUCAAAAUCUUUGCCUGAAUUUGCAGAAAUUGAAUUUUCCGGAAUUCCAGCAAAAAGUUUAUCAGCUGAUUAUUCAGUCGCUGUCCGAUCGCACAAUUUGGUUAGAAAUAGAGGAAGCAAAAUAUAUCCAUAUAACGAAAAUAGAUUAAAAUUGGCUGUUACAAAUUCUAACCCAGAUGGUCUGAAUUCCCUCAAUUUUGAAUUGAUAAUCAAAAUUUAA